CCAUUUAAUUGGGUAUCUGCAUCGCUUUUCGUCGCCACAGGUGUCGGUUUAUAUUAUUACUUUAACAAAGCGAAAGCCGAGGUUGAGGAGAGCAAAAAACGUAAAAUAAGCGAAUCUGAAAAGUUAGGCAAACCAAAGAUUGGCGGUCCCUUCAGUUUGAUAGACGCGAAAACAGAGAAUAGCUUCACACACGAGAACUUGCUCGGUAGAUUCAGUCUCGUUUACUUUGGUUUCACCAAUUGUCCGGAUAUCUGCCCUGAUGAACUUGACAAGAUGGGUACUGUAGUCGACAGAGUUGUAGAUGCUAAACUUGGUCAGAUUGUCCAACCAGUCUUCAUAUCUUGCGAUCCAGCUAGAGACACAACUGCUCAAACGCGAAAGUACUUGGAAGGCGAGUUUUUAAUCAGAUUCCACCCUCGUAUGGUUGGACUUACAGGCCCGUGGGAGAACGUCAGAGCUGCUUGUAAAGUAUACAGGGUGUACUUCUCCACUCCACCAAAUAUCUCGCCUAAUGAAGACUAUCUCGUCGAUCAUAGCAUUUUCAUGUACCUCAUGGAUCCAAACGGCGAGUUUGUUGAAGCCUUCGGGAAGAACACGACAGCAGAGCAGAUGGCAGAUAAAGUGCUAUCAUAUACAGAAUCAUAUGUACAAAAUAAAUAG